AUGCUAUUAGGUAUUCAGGAGGCUGCAUGUGAACACAUCGAGUUUGUUAACAACCUCACGGUCGAUGCCCUGGAGCAAAUCGGGACUGAUGUGUGUUUUCCUGGACAUACUUGGUGUAAAUCUACAAUUGGAGUAUACACCAUCAAUAGGUUAGAUCUUCAUCGACCAUCAAUGGUAUGGUUCACUUUCCUUAGAGCUCAGAAAAGAAAGGAAGGCACUACUGAGGGUAGUGCAACUACUGACGCUGCUCAACCGUCUGCAUCACAAGCUAGCUCUGCCAUCCUAGAGUUACAGAGUGCUAUAGCAUCUGUUGCAGCAAAACAGAAGGUUUUUCCAACACAAGUGUUUAAUGAUCUUAACCAACCAGCAAUGUCAACUGAAGAAGACAGUGCGGCCAACACUGAGGAGGAGGAUACAAAAACAGAUGAGGAUGAUGAUUACAAAGAUGUUAAAGCAGAGAAAGAUGAGGAGGAGGAAGACAUUGAUGAUGAUGAUGAUGAGAAGGAUGACAAGGUGACUUAUUCGGAAGCAUCUACAGAGCCACUAGCUGUUGACUCUGAGGAUGUCAACAUACUCAAAGAUGAUGAGGAGCAAACUAGUCACCAAGAGAAGGAAAAGAGUUUGGAGCUAGAUAAAAACCUGGAGAAGCAAGCUGAUCGACACUUGCUGGAUUUGAAUGAUGAUCAAGCUGCGGAUGGGGCUGCAGCUACUGAGGAGCUUAAUUUGGAUUCUGAUCAGAUUACUAGCAAUAUUGUUGUUGAGACUAUGAAAACUGGUGCAACCAGUCCACCUAAAAGCUCUGUAGCUAAGAAGAUUGACAGUGCUAAGGGACGCAUAGAAGAGCCAAUAAGUCAAACACCUAUACCUGCAUUGAAGGUGAAAAAUAUUGCUGCAACAUCUACUACUCCAGUCCCUGAUGUUGCUGUGGUGAAAGUCACAUCAACGUCAACCACUCAAAAGCGUAAGAGCUCGAUAAAGGCCAGGGUGAAUGCCAAGCACGUCCGACCUAGUUUGAUCGGCUCAUGCAAGAGCCCAUGGAAACCCAAUUAG